AUGGCGGGAAUGGGCGAGGCGGCCCCGGGUGGCGGCGACGGCGGUGGCGGGGCCGGGCUCCGCCAGGGCUCCCCGCCGGAACCCUCGCCGCUACUGCUGCAGGCGGAGGGCGGGCAGCCGCGGCGGAGUACUUUCGCCAGCAGCGGCGAUGGGCAGCCUCCUCCCUGUACCGAAACGCUGGGCUUCUACGAAAGCGAUCGGCACCGCAAGAAGAAGCAGCGCCGUGCGCCCUCGGAUCUUUCUCUACUGAGGUUUAUUAAUGCAGAGCUAACAAGAGGUUACUUUCUUGAACACAAUGAAGCCAAGUAUACAGAACGGAGAGAAAGAGUGUAUACAUGCAUGCGCAUACCAAGAGAAUUGGAAAAGUUGAUGAUUUUUGGAAUCUUUUUGUGCCUGGAUGCUUUCCUUUAUGUAUUCACUCUCCUCCCAUUGAGAGUUUUUCUGGCAGUGUUCAGGUUCAUCACAUUGCCUUGUAGCAGCUUGCGCGAUAGACGCCUGCUGCAACCAGCCCAGGUGUGUGAUAUUUUCAAGGGGGUAAUACUUGUAAUUUGCUACUUCAUGAUGCACUAUGUUGACUAUUCCAUGAUGUACCAUCUGAUAAGAGGACAGUCUGUAAUUAAACUCUACAUCAUCUAUAAUAUGCUUGAGGUAGCGGAUCGUUUAUUUUCAUCUUUUGGACAAGAUAUUUUGGAUGCUCUCUAUUGGACUGCGACAGAACCAAAGGAAAGGAAAAGGGCACACAUAGGGGUCAUUCCCCAUUUCUUCAUGGCAGUGCUGUAUGUCUUCUUGCAUGCUAUCCUUAUUAUGGUCCAAGCAACAACACUCAAUGUAGCCUUCAACUCCCACAAUAAAUCACUUCUUACUAUCAUGAUGUCUAACAAUUUUGUGGAAAUAAAAGGAAGCGUUUUCAAGAAAUUUGAGAAGAACAAUUUAUUUCAGAUGUCAAAUAGUGAUAUCAAAGAGAGAUUCACCAACUAUGUGCUAUUACUGAUAGUUUGCCUAAGAAACAUGGAACAAUUUUCAUGGAACCCAGAUCAUCUGUGGGUAUUGUUCCCUGAUGUCUGUAUGGUGAUUGCAUCAGAGGUUGCUGUUGAUAUUGUGAAACAUGCUUUCAUAACCAAAUUCAAUGACAUCACAGCUGAUGUUUACAGUGAAUACAAAGCAAGCCUUGCCUUUGACUUUGUUAGCAGUCGGCAGAAAAAUGCAUAUACAGAUUACAGUGACUCUGUUUCCAGGAGAAUGGGCUUUAUUCCACUCCCACUGGCUGUUUUACUCAUUAGAGUUGUUACAAGUUCAGUAAAAGUCCAAGGGGUCUUGUCCUAUUCCUGUGUAAUUCUUUUCUGUUGUGGUUUAAUAUCACUUAAGGUACUCAACAGCAUUGUAUUGCUGGGAAAGUCCUGCCACUAUGUCAAAGAAGCAAACAUGGAGGAGAAGUUGUUCAACCCACCUCCUUUCAGCACCCCAGGAAAAUCUGUUGGCAAACCACAGAACAAGUACAAGUCUCCUCAAGGACUUUCCACUGAGGAAGGCUUCUCUGCUUCAGUGACCAGUCAGCCUGUGCAACCAAAGGAAAAUGUAGCCCCCCAACUUGUGACAAGUGCCUCUGACCAGUUUCUGACCACUCCUGAUGGAGAUGAGAAAGAGAUAUGCCAAGACAGUGCAGAAUCCAAAUUCAGAUCUACAAAGAAAGAUUUGUUGGAGAUAGACAGGUUUACCAUUUGUGGAAAUCGAAUUGACUAGCAGUCUCUGAGUGGAAGACUGAGCAAUAGGAGCAGAAAUGGCUGCCAAUGACAGACAGAUGCCAAAUAGGCAUACCAAUAUUUAUUUAAAACUUAAAUUAUUAACAGCAAAUCUAUUUACAGGGUGUAAGCUUGGAUCAAAAAUGGAUCAAGCCUCAGCUUUGUAACCUUGGUAUUUCGAAAAAUGAUUUUUUUUUUUAAAGAAACCACCGACAGUUGGACAGAGUUACAGUGUCGCUUUUCUGGAAAGAAUGUGUGAGCUACUUUAAACCCCUUUUCCUGUAUGAAUCUGCUUCCUUGACAUACUUUUUUUUGCCCAACCAUAAAGAAUUUUGAAAAGUUCUUGAGAAGCACGUCCCCCCCCCUUGCUUUUAUAAGCAGAUCUCUCCCUCAAUUAAAAAUUUCCCUUGCCAUUUUUCCCAGAUUUACAGGAAAACAAAUAAUCAGGAUAAACUUACCCCCAGGAGAUGGUUCAAAAUGCAUUUCAGCUACCCAAAAUGGACCAUCCUUAAAAUUUUACCACUUGUUUUUGUCAUAAAUCUUAAGCUUUUAAACCAGAAAUUGAUCAUAACAAGGAAAGUGUUGAAUGUUUGAAGGAACAAGAGGUCAGGAGCUUAUCUUUGCUCUUUGGCAUUUUAAACAUCAAGGUAGACAUCAUUAUGCUUCAGUUCUAGCUGCUAGCCUAUUCAGUGUGCAAUAAUUUUCUCAGCAUUGUAUAUCAAACAGCUGAAGAAUUUGUGGGGUUUGAGGGUUUUUUUGGUUUUUUUGCUUUGGCUGGGAAAUUUGCAUGUGGCCAAAAUGACAGAAUGAAAUAGAUUUUCCUGAAAACUAGCUUUAUGAAAUGCUUGGUUUUGAAAUACAAAGCAGCUUCACUUGAUGCGUAUAGAGGAGCAUACAGAAGAUUAAAACAAGAAUUAUGGUUCUUUUUAGCUCAACAUAUUUAAGAGCAAAUCUAUACUCAAGGUGCUCCAUUCUUUUCUAUCCUCAAUGCCUAAGGAACACAAUGCAAUAUCAAGUGUCUUUUUUAAUAAAAAGCAAAAUUGUGUGUGUUGAAUAAUAAGCAAAUCUUUGGCAACUUAUUUAGCUCUUGCAGAGUGGCCAAAACAAAUGUUUUAAAAUGCUAAUGUUUGAACUCUAGAAUACAUUUAUUAUAUCCCCAGAGUUGAGAGGAUGAACACAUGGGAAUGGUAUCCUGACAAGCAGGUUUCAAGAAAGAAGGCAGUAUGGAUAGUCAAAUGUUUCUAAUAAUUUUCUCCCCAUGCUGCCAACCUUCUUGACCAGCUUCUCAACUUAAGAGAACCUUGUGGGAGAAAUAUAAAGCUUGACGUUGAAGUUUACAAGAUGAUUAAUUUCAUAGACAUAUUGCUUCUGGCAAAUUUGAUUCAUUAAAAUUCAAUUCAGAACAUUUGUUAAAUCUUGUAAUUUGAUUUUAUUUAAAUGUAGCUGAAAGGAAGCUUGGAAUGACCUUUUCCUUGUAAAAUAAUUAUGUAUGGAUUUUAUAAGUGCAUCUUGUGUGUCAAAAUAAAAAUUCAAUUUUGUAGCCUUUGUUUACAAAAGAAAACAACAACCACAUAUUCAAGACUCCCAGCUUUUUUGCUAGAAGGAAUUUGAAGGAUGUGGAAGCAAAUGGAGCUCUACUACAGAUCCAUCCAUCUUCAAGUAUUUUAUGCACACAUAGGAGAGAUUAUUCUUCCAGCAAGAGCCCUAAAGAUUGGUGAGGUGCCCAUGUUUGUGUGGAAGAUGCUGUUGGCAAUUCAUGCAUAUGUGACUACAAAGAGGACCUAUGAGUCCUCUUGUGCUGUUGGAGCUCUAUAUUUCUUGGCUGGAAUCCUGGUUAAGGCCCUCUUGGUUUUAUCAUUUGCUAAAAUUCCAUUGGCAUCAGUCUAUGACUCUAUGUUGACAAAAUAAGCUGUUUUUACCAUUUCAAGGGAAUUUUCUUUGCUCCAAGAAAGCAAAAAUUGAUCUGAAUAUCUGUGGAACUAGACAUAAUUUCAACUAAAAAAACCCCUAAAAUAAAAAAACCCAAUUCAUUAGGAUAUCCUGGUUUUUAUUUUUCUAUUUUGUAUUCUUUUGAUGAUAGGAUUUCGAUCACACUUAGCAGAAUUGGUCCAUUACCACUGUCUAUGAUUUUUAUGCAGCAUAUAUAUCAUUGAAUACAAAUCAAAUUUUAAUAAUUUAAUAUCCUGCAUUAAUUAAGUACCACUCAAGUCCAAACAUAUUCUGGGCAGUGUACUAUAAACAAAAUAGAAAAUACAAUACGA